AUGCAGCGUGACUUUGCCUUCCACGCCUGCCUGGGGCCGGAUGUCAGCCAGGCGGAUGUACUGCACCUGUGUGGGGUGCCGCAGCUGCUUGACGCGGCACUGGCGGGGUACAACGUGACCAUGUUCGCGUACGGCCAGACGGGCUCUGGCAAGACCUACACCAUGUCCGGUCGGGAGGAGGUGGUGGGCAGCGACUCUUACUCUGGGGGUGAUGCUCACGACGGUAUCGUGACACGCGCCAUCCAGCACCUGUUUGCCGCUGCGGAGGCUCGCAAGGCGGAGAACAGGUUCACCAUCACGGCGUCGUACUUGGAGAUUUACAAUGAGGGCAUAUUCGAUCUGCUUAACCUCAAGGCCAAGAACCUGCCAGUCAAAUGGGACGCCUCCUUGGGCUUCUUUGUGCCUGGUCUCAAGCAGGUCACCUGCAACAAAGUGGACACCAUGAUGGACGUCAUCCGUACAGGCAUGAAACACCGUCACGUGGGUUCACAUGAGCUCAAUAUCGAGUCAAGUCGCUCGCAUUCUAUCAUCACCAUCUUUGUACACGCCACACCCCUGGAUCCAAACGCUGCGGAUUUUGGCGCGCCACGUAUCGGCAAGAUCUCUUUUGUGGAUUUGGCGGGAAGUGAACGGCUCAAGGACACCAAAUCCGAAGGAGUGAUGCUCAAGGAGACCGCCAACAUCAAUAAGAGCCUGUUUGUGCUGGGCAAGGUCAUUGCCGCGCUGGCGGAAAGGGACAGCAGCGGAACCAGCGCACAUAUACCGUACAGGGACUCCAAGUUGACCAAGCUGCUAAUGGACUCGUUGGGAGGUAACGCCCUGGCGCUCAUGAUUGCAUGCUGCAGCCCAGCAUCCACGGCGGUGGAGGAAACGCUGUCAACGUUGUCGUACGCCACACGUGCCAAGAACAUUCAGAACAGACCCACGGUUCAGUACGACCCCAAAGAGGCCCAAAUCGCAAACUUGCGACGGGAGAUUGAAUUGCUCCGGCAGGAGAACACGUACCUCCGAGAGCAGGCACGGGUUAUCGGAAGU